AGAGAUCCUGAAGCUGAGCGUAGAAUAAAGACGAUGACGGGAAGCAUAGCGAAGAGGUGGAGAGUUCUCCAGGGGAAGGAUAGCUGGAAAGGCCUGUUGGACCCUCUCGAUGUCGACCUCCGCCGUAGCCUCGUCCUCUACGGCGAGAUGGCGCAGGCGGUCUACGACGGGUUCAUCAGGCAGAAGAAGUCGCGGUUCGCGGGCGCGCCGCUGUACGCCCGGUCGAACAUCCUCCAGAAGGUGGCGCUGUCGCAGGGCCAGGAGCGGCUGUACCGGGUGACCAAGUUCUUCUACGCCACCUCCGGCGUGCAGGUGCCGGACGCGUUCAUCAUCAAGUCGCUGUCGCGGCAGGCGUGGAGCAAGGACUCCAACUGGAUGGGGUACGUGGCGGUGGCCACCGACGAGGGGGCGGCGCAGCUGGGGAGGAGGGACGUGCUGGUGGCGUGGAGGGGGACGCUGCUGCCGCUGGAGUGGAUCAAUGACCUGGACUUCACGAUGGUGCCGGCGCCGGAGGUGCUGGGGUCGAGCUCCCCCUUGGUCCACCGCGGCUGGCUCUCCAUCUACACCUCCGAGGACCCCAAGUCCCCUUACAGCAAGAGCAGCGCUCGAAACCAGGUUCUGAAGGAGGUGGGAAGACUGAUAGAAGAGUACAAAGAUGAGGAGACCAGCAUCACCAUAACCGGACACAGCCUCGGGGCCGCAGUGGCCACGCUCAACGCAGUAGACAUCGUCGCCAAUAGCUUCAACAGAAGCAGCAACCCCUCGUCGACGGGCUGCCCGGUCACGGCCUUCGUCUUCGCCAGCCCCCGCGUGGGCGACUUCGAGUUCCAGAAGCUAUUCUCCGGGACGCCGGACCUGAGACUUCUCCGGGUCCGCAACGCGCCUGACCUGGUCCCGAACUACCCCAUCAUACCCUACGUCGACGUCGGCGUGGAGUUGGCCAUCGACACCCGGAAGUCGGAGUACCUGAAGGCGCCGGGCGACCUCACCACAUGGCACAACUUGGAGUGCUACCUGCACGGCACGGCCGGAGCCCAAGGACGCAGAGGAGGGUUCAAGCUGGCGAUCGAUCGAGACGUGGCGCUUGUCAACAAGAGCACCGACGCGCUGAAGGAUGAGUACUUGGUGCCGGACUCAUGGUGGGUGGAGAAGAACAAGGGCAUGAUGAAGGGAGCUGAUGGGCACUACAAGUUGGAGGACCAUGAGGAAGACAACAAUGCUUAAGAUUUCUUUUUGGUCAACUGGGAAAUAAUUGCAGUAGUGCAAAAAUAAAGUUGACAUUAUAUCAUGUAUCAUUUUUUUAAUAAACUUUUUUGCAUAGCAAACCAAUAA